AGAUCCGCCCCGUGACAUCAUUUGCAUAGCAUAAAUAAGAAGGACCUGGUCCAUGGUUCAGGACCACUCUCCUGGGACUCCGGCUUCUUGACUUCAUCCCCUCGCUCCUCAUCCCAAACCUGCAACAUGGCUGGAGAAUUCACUGCUGACCAGAUUGAGGACUUCAAAGAGGCUUUCGGUCUCUUCGACAGAGUUGGUGACAACAAGGUGGCCUACAACCAGAUUGCCGACAUCAUGCGUGCCCUGGGUCAGAACCCCACAAACAGUGCUGUCAAGAAGAUCCUGGGCGACCCAUCUGCUGAUGAUAUGGCCAACAAAAGAGUUGACUUUGAUGCUUUCCUGCCAAUGUUGAAAACCGUUGACGCCAUGCAGAAAGGUACAUACGACGACUACGUUGAGGGUCUGCGCGUCUUCGACAAAGAGGGCAAUGGCAAAGUUAUGGGCGCUGAGCUGCGCAUUGUACUGUCCACACUGGGUGAGAAGAUGAACGAGACUGAGAUUGAGUCUCUCAUGCAGGGACAGGAAGAUGAGAACGGCAGUAUCCCAUAUGAGGCUUUCGUGAAGCACAUCAUGUCUGUGUAAGAGGCCGCCCGUUGUGAGAGUGGUGAGGAAGGCUGAAUUAUAUCUGCAGACCCCAUGGUGUCGGGACAUCCAUUCUGUUAUGAAGACCAAUCAAUAAAAAGGACUUUGGGAUGUCACUUCUGAACCAUU